AUGUGUUUCCUCUGGCCAUGUCCCAAGUGCUAUAAGAAGGCUAAGAGAAAGUCGAAGAGAAACGCCAAGCCGAAGCAAAAGCCAGCAGCAGAACAAGCGAUUGAACAACACGCAGCAGGCAGCUUGGACAGGCUUUGGAAACAGCAGAAGCCUGUAGCUUUCGAUCCACGGAUAUCCUUUAUCCCCAUCUUAGAGAGAACACCAAAACCAGAAGCAUUAGAAUUUCCACAGUUUAUCCGCAGCAGGAUGGACGACUCGCCGCGAAACUUCUCAGGAUGGCCAAACGCAUUCGCGCGUCAUCCUCGACCGUCCGGACCUCAGCGUCACAACCUCGAGGAAUGCCCCUGUGCGGCAUGCGCCCAUUUCCGCGGAUGGAAGCAACUCAACACGUCGCCAGAACACCGAGCAGACGAAGACGGCAAUGACAGGUUUCCUCCAUCUCCACGGCCACCCAGUUCCAACAUCACCGGUACACGGCCCAAUAUCUCCCCUCCCCGUCGAGCCCCCAACGCAUUCAUGAAGGACACCACACCAGCCCAAGUCCAGCCAAGCUUCAUGUCGCCUGCCGCCGGCACGGCAUACCCCCAAGUCUACGUGUGCCCGCGCUCGUCCCCCCAUCUCAGCUUUCCUGUGUUGGACUAUAGCAGGACGCACGGGGAUCCGUCAUCGACGCCGUGGCCUCACUUGUAUGUGGCUAUUGUGCCGGAAAAUGCUGCUACUCUGGUCGAUUUGGUAGCCACGCUUGCGCCGAAGGGAUCGGGUGUCGAGUUGAGUGCGAGAGCCAUGGGCUCGGGUGAGCUGGUGGAGAUAACAAGGUUUGGCGAUGGUUUGGCUGAGUUGAGAGACAGGAUCAUCCAGCUUGAGGUUUGGGACGAAGAAGCGAUGCGGGAGGAGAAGACUCGGGAGGCGAAAGAGAAGGAGAAGGCAGAGAGGAAGAAGGUUCGAAGAGAGGAGGCGGAGAGGGACGCUCGUUGGGGAUAUGGGCUGCGGCCUCCUCAUGGCUCUGUUGAACUGAGGAGGGGCAAGACUUCGCGAGUGGAGAGGGAUUGGGAUGAAGAAUGGAAAUAUUGA